AUCAAUUGCGGCUGGGAAAUUGGAUGAAUCGAUCUCUAAUCGGAAUUAGGUGUCAUUGUAGCCACCGCACAGGAUGCUCCGGACCGUCUUCUCGUUCUAGAAGGCGGAAGCCGCUCAGAUCUCCUUCUGCUCUCUCCCCUCCUUCGCUCCUCCGCCUUCCAACUCCCCGUCCGUCCAAGAUUUCUCCCUCUUGUCCGUCUCCGUGACCGAGCAUCGUGAAGGAGAGGAGGCGGCGGAUCUCGUGAAGAUCUCACCAUGGCCGGCGCGGCCGGUGGUUUCGUCACCCGGUCCUUCGAGUCCAUGCUCAAGGAGUGCUCCGGGAAGAAGUAUGCGACGCUUCAGACGGCCAUUCAGACUUAUCUUGAUAAUAUGAAGGAGAUAAAUCGGGAGCCUGCUCCGGAUGAAAAAAAUCAUGCAGUGACUUCAGCAGGGGAUGAGAGGGCUGAUGGGGAUGAAAUCAUGCAUGAGGAAAAUGCUAUGGGAGGUCCACCAUCAGAUUCAGCUAUUGAAGAGGCCACUAUCAAGCCCAUGGAGAAUAGUGAAUCUCUUACAACAGCUUUAGCAUGUGCUGGGCAUGUUUUAGAAGGGAGGCAAGCUGAACUUGUCUUACAACCACUUAGGCUUGCAUUUGAGACAAAGAACAUCAAACUCGUGGAGCCUGCACUUGAUUGUCUUCAUAAACUCAUUGCUUAUGAUCAUUUAGAAGGUGAUCCUGGUCUAGAAGGUGGUAAAAAUGCCCCACUGUUUACCGAUAUUCUUAACAUGGUCUGUGGUUCUGUUGAUAAUUCUUCAUCAGACAGUACUAUUCUCCAAGUCUUAAAAGUGCUUCUUACUGCCGUGUCAUCAACAAGAUUCAGAGUGCAUGGAGAACCGCUGCUGGGGGUGAUCAGAGUUUGCUAUAACAUUGCCCUCAACAGCAAGAGUCCUAUAAAUCAGGCAACCUCGAAGGCUAUGUUGACCCAAAUGAUCAGCAUUAUAUUUAGGAGAAUGGAAUCUGAUCCAGUCUCCAUGUCAUCCAGUAGUGUUGUGCAUACCAAUGUUGCUUCAGCUAGCUGUGCAAACUCAGAUCAUGGAGAAAUUUCUCCAGAUGACCAAGAUGAGAAAAAAAUCACUCUAGGAGAUGCGUUAUCCAUGACCCGCACAAAUGAGGCAUCUCCUGCAUCUUUUGAUGAGCUACAAAACCUGGCUGGUGGUGCUGAUAUCAAGGGACUAGAGGCUGUACUUGACAAGGCGGUCCAAAUGGAGGAAGGGAAAAAAAUAUCACGUGGUAUUGAUCUUGAGAGCAUGAAUGUCGGACAACGUGAUGCCCUUUUGUUGUUUCGAACCCUCUGCAAGAUGGGCAUGAAGGAAGAGAGUGAUGAGGUUACGACGAAGACUAGACUUUUAUCUCUUGAGCUUUUGCAGGGUUUACUGGAAGGAGUGAGCCAAUCUUUUACCAAAAACUUCCACUUUAUCGACUCAGUCAAAGCAUAUCUUUCUUAUGCUUUAUUGAGGGCUGCUGUUUCUUCUUCUGCAGUUGUAUUUCAGUAUGCAACUGGAAUCUUCUCAGUGCUUUUGCUGCGUUUCAGAGAAAGUCUUAAGGGAGAAAUUGGUGUCUUCUUUCCCUUGAUAAUCCUGAGGUCCUUGGAUAGCUCUGAUGGUCCUAUCAGUCAAAGAACAAGUGUUCUCCGGAUGCUUGAGAAAGUGUGUAAGGAUCCACAAAUGCUUGCAGACUUAUUUGUUAACUAUGAUUGUGACCUUGAGGCCCCAAACCUUUUUGAGCGCAUGGUCAAUGCCCUGUCAAGAAUAGCUCAGGGAACUCUGAGUACAGAUCCCAACUCAGUUACCGCAUCUCAAACUGCUUCUACUAAAGGCUCAUCUCUUCAGUGCCUGGUGAGUGUGCUGAAGUCAUUGGUUGAUUGGGAGAAACUACGAAAGCAAUCUCAAAAGCAUGGAAGCAUUAUCCAGUCACUUGAGGAAGAGGUUUUGAGUAGGGAUCGCCUUACUGCUGAUGAGUCAAAGAGCCGGGAAGAUGGACUCAAUCAGUUUGAGAAAGCAAAAGCUCAUAAAUCGACUUUGGAAGCUGCAAUUUCAGAGUUCAAUCGUAAACCAGCCAAGGGGAUAGAAUAUUUGUUGUCAAAUAAGUUGGUCGAAAAUACGCCUUCUUCAGUAGCCCAAUUCCUGAAGAAUACUCCUAGCUUGGAUAAGGCCAUGAUUGGUGAAUAUUUGGGUCAGCAUGAGGAAUUCCCUCUUGCUGUCAUGCAUGCUUUUGUAGAUUCCAUGAAGUUUUCGGGUUUGAAGUUUGAUACUGCAAUUCGCGAAUUUCUUAAAGGGUUCAGGCUUCCUGGAGAAGCACAGAAGAUUGAUCGCAUUAUGGAGAAGUUUGCUGAGCGUUAUUGUGCUGAUAAUCCAGGGCUUUUUAAGAAUGCAGAUACUGCAUAUGUUCUUGCAUAUGCGGUUAUAAUGUUGAAUACUGAUGCACACAAUCCAAUGGUGUGGCCUAAAAUGUCGAAAUCCGAUUUCAUACGUAUGAAUACUGUAAGUGAUGCGGAAGAGUGUGCCCCGAAGGAGCUGCUAGAGGAGAUAUAUGAUUCUAUUGUCAAGGAAGAGAUAAAAAUGAAAGAUGAUAUAUCUAAUGCAGCCAAAAGCAGGCAGAGGCCAGAAACAGAAGAAAGAGGCCGUCUUGUUAAUAUUCUUAAUUUAGCUCUUCCUAGAAGAAAGUCAGUGACUGAUACAAAGACAGAGAGUGAAAAAAUUAUCAAGCAAACACAGGCCCUUUUCAAAAAUCAAGGGGCAAAAAGGGGUGUUUUCCACACAGCUCAGCAGGUUGAACUUGUCAGGCCAAUGGUGGAGGCUGUAGGAUGGCCUUUGCUAGCAACAUUUUCGGUCACCAUGGAGGAAGGUGACAAUAAGCCAAGGAUUCUUCUUUGCAUGGAAGGAUUCAGAGCUGGUAUACAUAUCACACGUGUUCUUGGGAUGGAUACCAUGCGUUAUGCUUUUUUGACAUCCCUAGUUCGAUUUACAUUUUUACAUGCUCCGAAGGAAAUGCGUAGUAAAAAUGUGGAAGCAUUACGAACCCUGCUUGUUCUAUGUGACAUGGAAACUGAUGCCUUACAGGAUACUUGGAAUGCUGUCUUGGAAUGUGUUUCAAGGCUAGAAUUUAUCACUUCAACCCCAGCAAUUGCUGCAACAGUGAUGCAGGGUUCGAAUCAAAUAUCAAGGGAUUCAGUUCUUCAAUCUCUCAGAGAGUUAACUGGAAAACCUGCUGAGCAAGUGUUUGUAAAUAGCGUGAAGUUGCCUAGUGAUUCCAUUGUAGAGUUCUUCACUGCUCUCUGUGGUGUGUCUGCUGAAGAAUUGAAACAAACACCUGCCCGUGUCUUUAGCUUACAGAAGCUUGUUGAGAUAAGCUACUACAAUAUGGCUCGCAUACGCCUGGUGUGGGCCAGAAUAUGGUCUGUUUUGGCUCAGCAUUUCAUUGCAGCUGGGAGUCACCACGAGGAAAAGAUUGCUAUGUAUGCUAUUGAUUCAUUGAGGCAGCUUGGUAUGAAGUAUUUGGAGCGAGCUGAACUCACCAACUUCACCUUCCAGAAUGAUAUUCUGAAACCAUUUGUUAUUCUUAUGCGUAAUAGUCGCAACGAGAAAAUUCGCAGCCUGAUUGUUGAUUGCAUUGUUCAGAUGAUCAAAUCAAAGGUAGGUAGUAUAAAAUCAGGUUGGCGAAGUGUUUUCAUGAUCUUCACUGCAGCUGCUGAUGAUGAUCUUGAAUUAAUUGUUGAAAGUGCAUUCGAAAAUGUUGAACAGGUUAUCUUGGAACACUUUGAUCAGGUUGUUGGCGACUGCUUUAUGGAUUGUGUCAAUUGUCUCAUUGGUUUCGCCAAUAACAAAAGCUCUCCCCGGAUAAGCUUGAAGGCUAUUGCUCUUCUCCGUAUUUGUGAAGAUCGCCUUGCAGAGCUCUUGUUUUUUCAGGGAUUUAUUCCUGGUGGAGCCCUUAAACCAGUUGAUGCUGGUCUAGAGACAAAUUUUGAUGUGACUGAACAUUACUGGUUUCCAAUGUUGGCUGGCUUAUCUGAUUUAACACUAGAUCCUAGAUCAGAAGUUCGAAACUGUGCGCUUGAGGUGCUAUUUGAUUUGCUGAAUGAGAGAGGUCACAAAUUUUCUUCAGCUUUCUGGGAGAGCAUUUUUCAUCGUGUACUUUUUCCUAUAUUUGAUCAUGUGCGGCAUGCUGGAAGGGAUGGUUUUGUUUCUUCCGGAGAUGAAUGGCUUCGUGAAACUAGCAUCCAUUCACUUCAGUUGCUCUGCAACCUGUUUAAUACGUUCUAUAAGGAGGUCUCUUUCAUGCUUCCACCUUUGCUGGGUUUACUGCUGGAUUGUGCCAAGAAGACAGAUCAAACUGUUGUUUCAAUUUCUCUUGGAGCUUUAGUGCACCUCAUAGAAGUUGGGGGCCAUCAGUUCAGUGACAGUGAUUGGGAUACUUUACUAAAGAGCGUUAGAGAUGCAUCGUACACGACUCAACCCCUUGAGCUUCUCAAUUCGUUAGGAUUUGAGAACUCAAAGAACCAAACAGGACUUUCAAAAGAUUCGGAUGACAACAGAGGCAGCAGCAGUCCCUCUUUUAAGGGCAUCCAUCAUGAUAGCAAUGGAGGAGGAAAAGCCUUGGAUCAAGCAUCUUUAAGUUCUGACAGUGAGACUUCUGGAAAGAAUAACUAUCCAACAAAAUUGCAGGACAAUUAUCAAGAAACAGAUAUCCAAGCUAACUUGGAGGAAUCCGAAGGUCUUCCAUCACCAUCAGGAAGGGUGCAAAAUCCUGCUGAAGCUGCUAGCUUCCAUCGGAGUCAAACAUUUGGCCGAAGGAUAAUGGGGAAUAUGAUGGACAAUCCUUUGAUAAGAAGUUUCACUUCCAAAUCAAAGAGUCGUACAGAUGUUCCUCUGCCACCUUCACCUUUGAAGAUCCCUGAUGCUGAUGAGCCUGUUCCUGAUAAUGAUGAUGGUGAAGAGAACCCAAUGAUGGAGACGGUCAGGGGAAAAUGUGUCACUCAACUACUACUAUUAGGUGCCAUUGAUAGUAUACAGGUAAGAUACUGGAGCAAGUUAAAAGCCCCUCAGAAGAUUGCAAUAAUGGACAUCUUGUUGUCUCUUUUGGAGUUUGCUGCUUCAUAUAAUUCAUCAUCAAACCUUAGAAUGCGAAUGCACCAUAUACCCCCGGAAAGGCCACCUUUAAAUCUUCUUCGCCAGGAAAUUGCAGGAACUUCUAUUUAUUUAGAAAUCUUACAUAAGUCAACCACAGUAUCCGAUAGCAAAAGCAGCGAAUAUGUAAAUUCUAAUGGUGUUCCCACUGAAAGAACAUCAACAAAUGAUGCAAACCAUGGUGAAGAUGCAAAUGCAGAAGAGAAGCUCAGGUGCUUUGCAGAAGAGAAAUUAGUUUCUUUUUGUGGACAGGUUCUAAAAGAGGCUUCCGAUCUCCAGCCUAGUACAGGGGAGGCUGCUAGUGCAGAUGUACAUCGUGUACUUGAUUUAAGAGCUCCAGUUAUUGUUAAGGUGCUCAAAGGAAUGUGUCGUAUGGAUAACCAGAUAUUCAGGAAACAUCUAAGAGAAUUUUAUCCAUUAAUUACCAGACUUGUUUGCUGUGAUCAGAUGGAUGUUCGUGGAGCUCUGGGAGAUCUCUUCAGCAAGCAGCUUACUGCCCUUUUGCCAUAGUUGAUCUGUUUAUCGUUAAUGCAUCUUCUCUACAAGUUCUUUGAAGUCACCAUCCCCAUCCUUGAGCAGGAACCUUUAGACACCGUCGGAGAGAUGAAAUGGGGCACUUGUAUGUUUACCAUGGACGUCUGUUGCAUGGGUUGCUGCAAAAUUAAAACUGAAGCUGGAUGCUGGUCAGAAACUUUUCGGGACAGCUCACUAUGAAUGCAAGAUAUACUCGAUGUACUUUGAAGUAUUUCCCCGUGGUCAAAUAUUUCCUUGGUUUGUCUCCUUGCGCUUCAUUGUUUCUCGUCAGUAUUUUUGUUUGAUAUUUAUUUUAAGUUGUUAUUGGAGAGUAUGCUAUUGAAAUGGACAGUCAGCCAGGCAUAGAAGGGAACAAUCUCAUAUUCUGAGGCAUCUUCCACAAAAUUGGAGAGUCUGAGUUUAUAAAACGUGGGAGGGGCUCAGCUGUCUUGCUGGGAUCAACCCAUUUGUUGAACUUUCUUAUACACAUGCUUUGCACUCAGAUUAUCGAGAAAAUUGCAGGUCAUAAGAGCAGCUAUCUAUCUAUGUACUCAUUGGAUGCGUAUACUAAAAUUUUUCAGACGAUCUUUCACUGA